AUGCCCAAUAUCCUCAGCAUCCCCGGACGCAUCGCCAUCGUGACGGGCUCCUCGUCCGGAAACGGCAGGGCCAUAGCGCUGGCGCUGGCCUCAGAAGGCGCCUCCAUCGUCUGCAGCGACCUGACCACCGAAAUUCGAGCCGGGGGCUUCGAGAAAGACUUGACGCCGACCCACGACCUGAUCAUCCAAACCCACGGGCAAGGCAGGGCUAUCUUUCACCGGGCAGACGCCAGUUCGGAAGACGAUGUCAGACUCCUGGUCGAUGUCGCCGUCAAGACGUACGGCAGGCUCGAUAUCAUGGUCAACAACGCUGGCAUUUUUACAGGCCUGUUUAAUAUUGUCGAUGAACCCGUCAGCAAUUACGACAAGACAAUGGCCGUGAACGCCAGAGGGGUGUACCUCGGGAUGAAGUUUGCCAUUACCCAGAUGAUGAAGCAAGACCCUCUACCGUCAGGAGAGCGUGGAUGGAUCAUCAAUAUCGCCUCGAUCGGGGGCCAAGUCGGUCUCGCCUUGGAACCCGCGUACUGUGCCAGCAAAGGAGCAGUCGUCAACCUCACGCGUCAAGUGGCGGUGGACUAUGCGCCGCACAAAAUCCAUGUGAAUGCGGUCUGCCCCGGCUACCUGGCCACAGCGAUGGUCAGGCCCUUCUUGGAGGAUAAGGAAACGCAUGAAAGGCUCCACCAACAAAGCCCCUGGCCUCAUCUCGGAACCCCGGAAGAUGUUGCAAAGGCCGUCCUCGUGCUGGCUGGGGACGCUGCGAGUUGGAUGACGGGCAGUUUUCUGAACGUCGACGGGGGGUUCAUUGCAGGCUGA